GUGGUAAUCUAAUACCCGACAUGCCAGUUGUGUUUGAUACGCGAAUCAGUAAACACUUGGAAUUUUGUAAACAAAAUGAGUUUUGUUUUUUAUUUUGCAAUUUUGUCUACUGUUUUUACUGUUGUGUAUUCUAGUGCAAUAAGACAAGACAUGGCGAUAGUUAGAGUUUGUAAUACAACAGACCCAGUUGAUUUACGAGUACUCAAUGAUUAUUUAAUGAACCACAAUCUUAACCGGCUGCAUGUAAAAUUUCACCAUCCAUUGGCGUGCUUUCUACUGUGCGUCUACAGUGAAUUUGAUUGGAUGGAUCGUCAUGGAGGCUUCAAAGUUCACAACAUCAAGGCCUGGAUGCUCCAAGCUCAAUUAUCGGAAAAUGACACCGAUAUUUUAUUGAGAAAGUGCAUUGACUUAGAUCUGACAAACCCAUGUGAGCGCGCGCAACAUUUCACAGAGUGUUUUUGGACCAGCCAUCAGGACGACCAGCAGCCAUCGUUACACUCGAUCAUGCACAAGAAAGACGUCCACUAGCUCCCUGUUUGGUUGGAUCCCUCAUUUGACUACCAGAAGAAAUCGAAAAGACUAACCUGGGGGCGAGAUCUUGCAUUCCGCCUUCUUGGCCCGUCGCAGUUGUACAUUCUCCGUAUUUUUCUGAUGUCUUGUUUACUAAAGCCCUCUCGCUGACCAAGCGAAGGCUUUGUUUCACCGAAUAAACCGUCGAAUGCUCCGAAGAAUCCACCGUUUGUUUCCUAAGGUCCAAUAAAUUCAUUAAGUUCUAUAAA